AUGGAAAGAGAUGAAAUUGAAGUCGAUAAAAAUGGGAAAAUUCGAAGCGCAAGCAUUACUGUAGUAUUUAAUGGAAUAUAGGAUAUCAGUACAUCACAAAGAAGAAUAGUUGAAAAAAGGUGUAUCCGUGAUAAGAUAAAAUUAAAAUAUUUUCUUUCUCACUUCUUAUCAACAUAAAGGAUGGUAGAAAUAUCGUCGUUAAAAAAGGAAUAAAUAAUCAGUAGAAUCAUCUGUGGAAAGUUAGGAGGUAAUUGACGGAGAACGAAGUAUCGCUUGGAAUUCUCUAACUGGAGGUUCUCUCUUUUUUUCAGUAGGCCCUAAUCGGAAGUGAAACAAGUAGUGAAGAGAGGGUGGAUCCGUGUGUGGCGACCUCCCGCAUACGGCUUGAGCAAGGAGGCAAACGGUAAGUCGAAACCAGAGACUGGCGCAAAGAAAGAAAAAGAUGAAGCGUUUAAGGACACGUUGGCCUGUCCAAACACGGGACAUCUAGAUAAAUGCACGCUACCGUUCCGUUUUUACUCUCCGCAUUUCCGUUAAGCCUUUUCUCCAUACAUCUUUCUUUAAUCAAAAAAAAAAAUAAAGUUCCGCGGAAUGGACCAACAUUUUCGGCAUUUAACUUUCAUUUAACUUCAACUUUCUGUCGAUAAAUGUACGUUUAAAAAAAUCAACUGCACAAUGAGUAGCUUCUGCGUAUUCAUUUUCCAAACUUUUUUAUCUAAUGAUAUCAUAUUAUUAACAGGUAUAAGAAAAGGUACUCACGUUAUUCUUGGGAUCGGCGACGUUGUUAGUCAGCUUCAGUUUAUCGAACUUCAGCGACUGCUGCAUCCAGUGCGCACCGGUCGCCGGACUAUCCGGAUGCAGCAUCUACCUGACUGUUCCGUAUUUUAAAGGUUAAACCUACGAGAAGAUAUGUAUCUGAACUAAUGGACGCAAUUAGCAGUGGAAAAUCCACAACCUGUACCCACUUUCGAAAUUAGUACCACUUGAUCCUUCACAUUCGAAACAUAUUUGAAGCCUUA